CCCCCCUUAUUAUCUGCCUCCGCCCUCUCUGUGGUUUCAAUUUUUUGUUGCAGAAGGGGGAAAGACAGUCCCAGAAACAGCGAUGGGAGUCAAUCUGGGCGAUACGUUCCCGAAUUUUGAAGCGAAUACUACUGAGGGCACGAUAAAAUUUCACGACUGGCUGGGAGACUCAUGGGGCAUUUUGUUCUCCCACCCAGCUGACUACACGCCAGUCUGCACCACAGAGCUGGGCCUCGUGGCAAAACUGAUGCCAGAAUUCGAAAAGCGCAAAGUGAAAGUAAUUGCUCUAUCGAUUGACAGUGUUCAAGAUCACCUGGGAUGGAUCCAGGAUAUCAAUGCCUACAAUGGAACCAAGCCUGCUGAGAAGUUGCCAUAUCCCAUCAUUGCUGACGAAAAGAGAGAACUGGCUGUGAAACUCGGAAUGCUUGAUCCUGCGGAAAAGAGCAAGGAUGGCCUCCCAUUGACUGCUCGUGCUGUGUUUGUGAUUGGCCCUGAUAAGAAAAUGAAGUUGUCCAUCCUCUACCCAGCUACCACUGGGAGGAAUUUUGAUGAAAUUCUAAGAGUAAUUGACUCUCUGCAGUUGACAGCUUGUAAGAAAGUUGCCACACCUGUGAACUGGAAGGUGGGUGGGGAAUGCAUGAUUCUUCCCAGCAUCAGUUCGGAGGAGGCAGCCCAACUGUUCCCAAAGAAAUUCCGCGUUGAGGAGCUCCCUUCUAAAAAGAAUUACAUGCGCUUCACACCCCAACCUUGAAACCCAGGAGCAACUGAGUUCAGUUACACUACACCUCUUGUGCCUGUCAAUUUACCCAGUUAUCAUAUGAGAAUAAAUUGAAUUGUAUGGUAAAAGAUAAUUGCUUUUCCUGAUUAAUUCUAAUGAAGCCUUCUACCAAUAAAAAUCUAAUUUUGUGAG